CUGGGCUGGGCUGGGGCCCAUUUCCGGUUGGCGGGCUUUUUGCAGAGGGUGUGUUCGCAGUCAGCAAGACACGGUCGUGAGGGAAUUCUCCUUUGGAGCCGGCAAUCGUCGAUUAUAAAAGCGGAGGACUAAAUAUCCGAUUCAAUGCGCUCCACUGCAAAAACAAUGAUUACAAGGGAAGGAAGAAGAGUCCCUCGAUUGGCUGCCUCGCUUUCUCGGCAUAUACCUUGUCCUUCAUCAGUGCAAAAUGAAAAAACAGUGGAAAAACCACCAAUCGUUACUACAAGCCUAGAAACAACAGCUACCGCAGAGCAAAUUGCUUCUGCAAUUGUCCCCACAUGUGAUGCAACUGUUUCUGAUUCACUGGAACUCCAGGUGAAGACAUCAGAGAGUGAAGAAUGUCUUCAGGUGCCAGUUGAUGCAGACAAACCAGAAGAACUUCCUGCAAAGACUGAAGUAGUUGAAGAUGUGAAUGAUUUCAUUAAACUACUGGAAGAGUUUGAAGAGAAAAAUAUAAAUCCAGUAUCUGCACUGUUACAGUUUUGCCAACGAAAAGGAUGUGAGUUGCAUUUUCAGGAAGUGGAGAAUGCAGGAAUUUCUGCUAUCUCCUGUUAUUCUCUUCGUGCUGUUGUAAAUGGAUUUGAGUUUAAAGAAGGAACAGGUGUCAGCAAAAAGGAGGCCAAAUAUAAUUGUGCUGAAAUUGCAUUGAAACAACUCUAUCAACAGUUGCGGUUGUUUACUUCGAGCGCACAACCUCCAGAAGUUGCCAAGUCAUGUGCAAGAUCCAGAGUGUUAUCUGUGAGACGGCCACGUGUCCCAACUGAGAAUCUGGUCAUUCAUCCUAUCCGUUGUGCAGCAAUUAGCAGUUGCAUGUUAAACAUGCUCGUAGAACAUCUACCAAAAUACAAAAGCUCUAAAGGGACCCUGGCUGCUUUCAUAGUGGAGAGAGUGACAGAAGAUUGCAGCAACGAGACUGGUGAACAGUAUGAAGUUGUUGCUUUAGGAACAGGAGACUCUUGCUACAGCGGUUGGAUGUGUUUUGAUGGCCGUUUACUCCAUGACUGUCACGCUGCAGUGAUUGCAAGAAGAGCAUUGCAAAGAUAUUUGUUUAAGCAGCUCCUCCUAUUCUGCAGCAAUAAUCCUGCGUGUUUAGAAAAGUGCAUCUUCUGCAAGUCUUCAGAAAAUGAUUUCCUCUCCCUAAAGCACAAUAUAUUUCUCCAUCUCUAUCUCAGCAGUGUGCCGAAGGGGGCUGCUCGAAGCAUUCUUAUGGACCCUGUGCCAUACCGAAAUCCUGAGAUGAGACUUCACAUUCAUUCGAAAGGCUCUAUCAUGCCAGCAGCAAUCUGUCGCCCAAGUGUGACCACAACCCAUGUCUGCUGCAUGUCCGCCAGCGAUAAGCUGAGCAGAUGGAUGGUGCUCGGAGUCCAAGGCGCCCUCCUCAGCCACUUCAUCAAACCUUUAUAUAUCACCAGCAUUGUCAUUUCUGACCAAUUUCAUACCUUGACUAUCGUCACAAAAGCCAUCAACCAACGGGUGGAUGAGAGUUUGAAUGAGAAGCUCCCUUCCCCAUUCACAGCGAUGAGGGCACAUUUCUCCCACUGCAGUGGAGAAGAAUCAGAGGAAGUAGAAGCUCUUUACAAACUGAGCAUUAACUGGUGUUGGGGCGAUAGCUCUGUGGAAAUAGUAGAUGGAGCAACAGGAAAGAUCACGGAAGAUUCCCCUUUUAAGAACGGAAUCAACAGUGCCAGUCGUUUGUGCAAGGCUGCCAUGUUUUGGUCCUUUCAACGUUUAGCAAAAGCAAUGGAUAGACCAGAGUUACUGGAGUGGUCAACAUGUCAUGAAGCCAAGAAAGAAGCUAAAAAAUACCAACAAGCCAAGGGCAUUGUGAACUACCACUUCAUAUCCACUGGAGCUGGGCCAUGGCCACAGAAAGGUUUAGUGGACAACUUCAGCAAAUAGAUCUCACUGGGAUAGAAAGAAACUAAACUGAUUAUUAUUUUUUUGUUUAAAAAAAAAAAAAAUCAUUCUGAAUGUUGGAAAUGCCUUAGUCUGAAGAUCAGGCAGUGUCUUUUUCAAGCGAUGCUUAUUUAAUUUGUGUAUCUCAUUUUGCUUUCAGAUCAUGCAACUGCUUUCUGAAAUUGAUUUUUUUUUUUUUUUUUAUUUGCUUUGUACAUUUCAGUUGUAAUAUUAAAGUGCGGUUUCAAGGAACUAGAUGUGUUGGACUUUAUUUUUGAAGGAAGGUAAAUUGCUUUUUUCUUCCUCCUCUGUUGCUUGUUUGCGUUUUGAUACGCAGAUUUGUCAUCACUAGCAGUUGUGCAAACAUGUGAAAGUCAUGGAUGUUAGAACAAGAAUAAGCCAGAUAUUUAUUCAAGCUGAUGACUUAGCUGGCAGGGGAGAGACGGAUUGCUGAGCCCAAUCUUCCAGGGCAAGAUCAUUGAAAUCAAUGGUGAGGAAGACAAUGGUUGGCACGGUGGGACAGAGGUAGAGUUGCUGCCUCACAGACCCAGGUUCGAUCCCAACUACGGGCGCUGUCUGUAUGGAGUUUGUAAGUUAAUUGGCUUGGUGUAUGUGUAAAUUGUCCCUAAUAGUCGGAUAGUGUUAAUACGCAGGGGUCGUUGUGGGCUGAAGGGCCUGUUUUUUUUCCAAUGCAUCUCUAAACUAAACAAUGAAGACAAUCUUACAAGCUUCACCUCCUGACAGAGGUGGAUCUUUGUGCUGGACAGGGGACAAAUAACUAACUGGCUCCACUGUCAUGGGCACUGUGAUCAUUAUAAUUAAUUCCACUGGAGGAUGAGAAGUUUGCAGCGUUCUGCUCUGGCCAAUCAAGGUAUAUGUGGCCAUUGCAGGGCCAAUGGCUGGCAAUGUCCUGCUGAUACUCUUGCCUGCAUCAUCACUGCAGCUAGACCCCAACCAGCAGAACAUCCAGACUGCUGAUGAAAACGGUAAAAGAUGCAAAAAAAGUGUGAGAUAUCUUCAGCAAUCCAACAGAUGAAGCAUACCACCAAGGCACCAGAUGACUCUACCUGAUCCUGGACAGAUUUUCUGUGUCCAAAACACCCAGGUCCGAUCCACUGAGAUCACUUUGGUAUUCUUCUGACCACUCAAUCAUUCAGGUUGACUCACUUUGAGGAAGAGCAAAAGGCAGGCACAGGGUGUAGCAGUUGAACAUCUAGCUAUUGUCCCCAGCGAGAAUCAAGGAACUAAAAAGGGAUUAAGCAGGUUGGGAAAACUGAAGACUCUUGGGAUUGCUGAUGCACAGA